AUGGGCGCAGCGUUUCAUUUGCGCAACCACCACCUCCAACAACAAACCUCGAUGCCCUUGACCAAUGGCCUCGCCCAUGACUACAGAACAUGGGAGCUGUUUCCCGUGCCCACCCUCGUCGUCUCGCCGUCGCCGUCGUUCCUGAUCCGGGCCGUCUCCAACGGCGUCGUCGAGUCCUGGCGCCGCCCGCGCCGCGACCUCAUGCACCGCAACCUGUUCGCCGCCCUCUACGGCGGCUCGCCGCUCGAGCAGUUUGACCGGCUGCCUCUCCAGCACGCCGUCGAGGUGGCCAUCUCUACCCGGGCCCUCAGCAUCUGCCCCGCGGCGUACCGCGUCCCCGGCGCCUCGUGGUCGGCACGCAUCGUCCCCGUCUUCAGCAACAGCAACGGCAGCGGCAGCGGCAGCGACGACGCCGACGCCGAGCUGCUCAUGCUGGUCCUGGAAUGGGACCUCGUCUCCCACCCGCCGCUGCCGCAGCAGACCCCCCAGGUCGUCGAGGCCGCCAUGCAGAGCGUCACGACGACGCCCGUCGAGGAGAUGACCCAUCUGCUCGUCCACACCGUCAAGGACUACGCCAUCUUCCUCCUCGACACGCGGGGCUGCGUCACCACCUGGAACACGGGCGCCGAGCUCGUCAAUGGCUACAAGCGCCACGAAAUCGUCGGCAAGCACUUCUCCUCCUUUUACGGCCAGGACGACCUCGACGCCGGCAAGCCCGAGCAGGAGCUCCUGACCUGCCUGCGCCACGGGCGCGUCGAGGACGAAGGCUGGCGCUACCGCAAGGACGGCAGCCGGUUCUGGGCCAACGUCGUCAUCACCGCCGUCUACAGGAACAAGGUCCACGUCGGCUUCGGCAAGGUCACCCGCGACCUGACCGAGAGGAGGGAGGGCGAGCUGCGCCUCAUUGCCGCCUACGAGGAGAGCGCCAAGCUCAAGAACGACUUUCUCGCCAACAUCAGCCACGAGAUCAGGACGCCCAUGCACGGCUUGCUGUCCGCUUGCGGGCUCCUUCUCGAGACCUGCCUGUCCGACGACCAGCGCGAGACGGCCAACAUCAUCCAAGAGUCGGGCCAGGUCCUCCUCGGCGUCAUCAACGGCAUCCUGGACUACUCCAAGCUCGCGUCGGGAACGUUUCCCAUGUGCUCCCAGGCGUUCAACCUCCGCGACACGCUGUCGUCGGUCGUGCGCAACGCCCAGAUGACCCUGAUGCCCGGGGUCCUCAUCAAGCUGUCGCUCGCGCCAGGUCUCCCCGACCUGGCCCAGGGCGACCAGCUGCGGUUCCGGCAAAUCAUCCAAAACAUCACCGACAAUGCCGCCAAAUUCACGGAAGCCGGCUUCAUCCACGUCCAGGCCACGCUGCAGUCCCAAGACGACGCAUCCUUCACGGUGCGAACCGAGAUCGCGGACACCGGCAUAGGCAUUGACGGGCUCGAUGCCAAGGACCUUUUCAAGCCCUUUGUCCAGUCGGAGAAGUCGACCAAGAAGCGUUUCCAGGGCACAGGGCUGGGGCUUUCGAUAUCCAAGUCCCUCGUGGAACUCAUGGGCGGCGAGAUUGGGUACUAUGCCAAUCCCGCUGGUCACGGCAGCGUGUUUUGGUUCACGGCUGAAUUCGGAGCCGCUGCCACCAGCUUGCCGCAGUCGCAGUCGCAGUCGCAGUCGCAGUCGCAGUCGGCGUCCCCCCGGUCGCCGUCGUCGCCGUCGCAUCAGCACGAGGGGAACGGCCCAUGGCACGAGCCGCGCUCCAGCGCACACGGCAUCCGACGGGGAAGCGAAAACCCGGCCGCGGCCCUGAAGCGGCUCCGCGCAAUCGGCUCGGCCAAGCGCAUCCUCACCGUCGAGGACAACAUCGUCAACCAAAAGGUCCUGAUUGGGCUGCUGCACUCCUUCGGGCUCAGCAACGCCACCGUGGCGAGCGACGGGGCCGAGGCCGUUUCCAUCCUGCGCCGCCCCGCGGAGCCCUUCGACCUGGUCCUGAUGGACGUGAGCAUGCCCGUCAUGGACGGGUUCGAAGCCACGGCGCAGAUACGGCGGCACGGCAUCCAGGUGCCCAUCGUCGCCAUGACGGCCAACGCUCUGCAGGGGUACAGGGAGAAGUGUCUGCGAGCGGGGAUGAAUGACUACGUGCCAAAGCCCGUGAACAAGAGGCUUCUUGUUGAGAAGCUGCUCAUCUGGCUGGACCCGGACGCGCAGCCAAGCCCUGAUGCCGUCAUGGACGAUGGGCUUUAUCACGGGCGUAGCAUCAGAUAG